AUGAUGUACGCCUCUCGAGAAAUAUACCUCCCUACUGAGAUCGUCCUCCAUAUUAUCGACAUCAUCGCGGCAGAUGAAUCCCGCCGCCAGGAGACCCUACAUGCCUGCUGCUUGGUAUCACGACAGUGGUACUCGGUGGCGAUAGCUCCGCUGUACGAAAAGCCCCAUGUCGGCACUGGAUUUGCUUUUGGGAGGUUCACGGACACCAUCAGUCCGCCGAUCGGAGUGCGUAAAAGCAAAUUGAACUUGGGCAGUCUGGUACACCGACUUGAUCUGAGCGGUCUCGUGCAUCACAGUUCGCCCAGUCUGACCGCGAGGCUGCUAGGUCGCGUCAAGGAGAAUCUAGAAGUCUUCAUUGCGCCCAAAGUGUCCUUCUCAACGAACAGUCUCCCCGCAUUAUCCAAAUGCACCAACCUCCGAUCCCUCGAUCUCGCACUCGUCAACGACCCCAUCCCCUUCACGAACCUCAAACAAGCCCUCAGCCCACUCCACAAACUCAACACCCUGCGCCUCCCCAACUCAACCAACCUCACAUCCGCAGAAUCCACCUCCCCCUCGACCGCCGUCGCAUGGCCUCCGCAAAUCACCCGCCUCCAACUCAGCGGACGCUUCAACCCCCUCACAAUCCCGUCCUUCGCCUGGCCCGCCUCCCUCACCAGCCUCAGCAUCAAGAACUGCGCCGACCUCUCCGUCAGCAACCUCGGCAGCCUGCUGAGCAGCCCGCACCUCAACAAUAGCCUCCGGCGACUGAGCAUCUCCGGCGCAAACCGCGGUCUGCAACCGGAGUCCAUCAACGCGAUCCUCGCCUUCCUACCGGGCCUAGCCAUCCUCAGCGUCCCCGGCGAUAUGGUUGAUGAUACCUUCUUCGAUAUCCUGUGUCAUAUGGCGCCACCGGUGGCGCUGGAGGAGUUGGAGUUUGGGUUUCCGAGCCAAGACCCGAGUUUGGUAUUUUCGACCGAGGCGUUGAUCCGCGCCCUAGGGUGUGGGUUGAGGGAUCUGCGGGCUGUCGGGUUCGCGGAUAUUUUCUGUACAGAGGAGCGCAUUAACGAGGACGAGGAGCUCGAGGAGAUUUUGUUGAAGAGAGUGGCGGAAAGACCAGACCCGCCGGAACAUUGGAAAGAAGUUGAUGAUCUUCUGGUGGGUGUAUAUUACCUUUGA